AUGAAUAAACGUACCCAAUCUGCUUUAACUCUUAAUAAAAAAACAAUGGUUGUUUCAGUUUAUAACUAUUUUAAUAAAAACAACCAAAUUAUUAGCAAUAAUAUAAAAAAUUUCAAAAUUCAUAAUGAAGUUGCUAUAGCUACUGGAGUUGGUACAGCUACAGUUGCAAGAAUUAUAACAGAAUAUAAAAAAACUAAAACUAUUACUGCAUCAAAACAAGGAAAACGACCUUUGAAAAAAAUUGACUCAAUAGAAAUUGCAAAAAAAUAUAAUCAUCAAGGAAUUGUAAAAAAUAAUAUAGUAUAUGAAAAAUCAUCAUUAAAUACACUUCAACUUAGAAAUAGAUUAUUAGAAUUAUUUUCAUUAGAAAUUAAUUCUGAUAAUAUUGUUAAAAG